ACAAAUUCUGUGUGGAAAUAAAUAUUUUUUUGUUAAUAAUUUAUUGAAAUAAUGAGUGAAAAAGUCUGCCUAUUGUGUUUUUCUUUUGCAAAACUUACUAAAGAUAUUAGAUUGACUCGUUUGCAAAGUGUGUACGAGGGAUUAACAGAUAUUAAAAUAAAAGCUGACUCGCAUCCCCUGUGUUACAUCUGUUAUGCGAAGCUUCUUAAGUGUGAACUGCUGAUUAGAGCAGUGCAGCAACACAACACAGAAAAUCAGACUCGAGUUACUCCACUGGUCCAACUUGGUGUAUUUAAUGCUGAUCAUUUGUCAUUACCUAAUGAUUAUGUGGAAAUUGAAGUGCAACCCGCUGUUCCAGUUCUCAAUAAAGAAUAUAUCAAACAAGAAUUGAUGGAGAAUGCCUCCGGUAGCUACGAAAUUAAAGUAGAAAUCAAGGAAGAACAUAUCAAAAAUGAAUAUCUAAGGAGCCCUGAUUCUAAAGACAAGACUGCAAAAGUCGAGCAAAUAACCACUGAAGCCUAUGAAAAACCUUACUCUUGUGAUGAUUGCGGACGUAGAUUCUUCCAUCUUUGCCAUUUGAGAGUGCACAAACGAAUUCAUUCCGGAGUCAAACCGUUCAGUUGUGAUGUUUGCAACAAGAACUUCGCUCAGAUAUGUAACUUGAAAACACACCGACUCACACAUGACGGCGUCAAAAUCUUCUGCUGCGACGUUUGUGACAAAAAAUUCGCACGAUUAAACUCCUUGAAGAGACACAAGGCACUACACACUGGGGAACAACCGUACAGCUGUGAUAUAUGUGGCAGGAAGUUCAGUCACUCGAGCAGCCUUCGGACACACAAGUUGACACAUUCCAACGAGAAAUCCUACACUUGUGAUGUGUGCGGGGAGAAGUUCACACAUCUAACUAUGAUGAAGCGACACAAAGUGUUACAUUCAGAUGAGAAUCCGUAUGUUUGUCAUUUUUGCAACGAGAAGUGCCCGCAUGUUAAAGCUUUAAAAUUACACCUAAGAACACACAGAGGUAAGCAGUUUAUAUGUGACAUUUGUUACAAGCAGUUUUCAUCGAGGGCGAAUCUGACGCAACAUAAGAAGAUACAUACGGACGACAAUCCAUAUACUUGUGAUAUUUGUGGUAAAGCAUUCAGUCGUAGAGACCACUUGCGACGGCAUAGGCUAACCCAUGACAAAUAUUUAGAGCUAGUGAAACAGGAGUCAGAUCAGCAGCAGCAGUACCAGCAGUAGAAUAGGAACAUGCAAAUAUAAUAUUUAUGAAAAUUUUGCU